AUGAAGAAAUUCUCAGACAAAAAAACAAAAAAGAAAUUCAAGCUGCUCGAAGAUUUUAAGAAGUAUUUGUUUAAAGAGCCACAGCCUUAUCUGAACUUGGAUCAAAUAGACUUCUUACUUAUUGGAGAUGAGUCCCAAGAUAUAAGUGGUCUAUGUUAGCUCUGUAGCUCCAAGUCAAGUGUGCUGAAAACUAUUAAGAGAAGUUCAAGCGGUUCUUUAUAGCUUAUUCACACUCUGCUUUUUAGUAAAGACUACUCGUUUACAGACAAUGUCUAGGAUGAGUUUAGAGGGCUUGAAGCUUCAGUAUACAUCAAUAUGGAUCUUGGCAAUCAUUACAAGGAAUAUGCAAAAAAGAAAGACAAAGCUAACCCUGCUCUGGAUAUACUAAUUUUUAUCAAAACUAAAAGAAAGAACUUACCGCUUAAGCAACUGAUACCAAAGGAAGAAAUAUUUGAAAAGGUUGAGAAGAUAAUCAAUGAAGAACUGUCAAAUCAGGAUGAGCAAAGUUAAGUGCAAAAGAAAAGGAAGAAAAAGCAAAGAAGUACUAAUGAUUCUAAUGGGGAUAUGAGUAUUACAGAAAGUGAAGCAAGUGAAGGUAUGAUAUAUUACUAUAAUAAAGUUUAAGUUGAUGUUGCGUCUGGAGGAGAUGGUUCAAGCCGUGGGAAAGGCAAGAAGAAAAAGAGAGGAGAGAGAUUCAAGAAUAAGGAGCCAAGCAGAUGGGCAGAUGUUAAUUUUGAUAACGAUAAGAGAAAUGCAACAGGAGACUAUUCUUAAAUCGAGAUUAUUGAUCCAAUUACUUAGCUACCCUUGAAAAAUCUUAACCUUCUAGUUGAAAGCUCUUAGCAACUCGAAGCGAUUCAUAUAUAAUCACCAAUGUUUGAACCUCAGUAAUAUCUGGUUACUGUGCACAAAGAGACAGAUUCAAGUACCUUUUACUAAGGUAUCUAAAAUGUCAAAGCUAAACUCAAGGAUCAAACAUCACUGGCAACCAAAAAAGAUUUGGUGGUGAAUAACUACGGGCAAUUUUUAGCAGCAAAGAUGACUCUUGAUGACAUCAAUAAGAAAUUCUUAUCAACUCAGGAAUCAAAUGAAUUUCUAGAUGAACUGGAGGAAGCUAUGAAGUCUCUUAGAGUCAAAGCUCAGUUAAAGUUGAGACCACUUAUUGAGUAGUUGGAGAAAAUAAAUGAUUGUGUGAUGACAAAUGCAGCUGUGAAACAGAUUAUUCAAUUGUUAAAAAUUAACAGACAAAUACAUCUUUCUAUUAUGGAGGAAGAUGACAUUAAGAAAGCUAUUGAUAUUAUUCAAAGGGAAAGAGGGAUAAUAAACAGAGCAUAGUAUGAAAUACAUUAAAGAUAAAGUAAAAACUAGGAUAGACUUCAAAGCAUGAGUGGCAAUAACUCAGACAUUAGAAGUGAGGCUAUUGAGAAAGUGCUGCAUUAAAUGGAUCGAACCUUUAAGAGGAUUAUUGAAAGAGUAGGCUAAAAGAUCAUUGCUGCAACAAUAGAAGACAUACAGUUUAAGGGUCUAGAGUAAUAUCAAGUCUACUUAGAAAUCUUAUUCUCAUUAAUGACUAAGGAGAACUAGCCUAAUAAGUUAAGGAAAAACUCAGUUGACUUUAUACUAUAGGCUUUGAGAGACAGAGUGAUGGAUUUAAUCGACUAACAAACUUACAUUCGCAAGGAUAUGGACGUACUUAUUGAUGAUAAUGACGAUGACUAGAAUGAGUAUGGAGAGAUGCCAGAUUAAAGAGCAUCAUUAGUUCAUAAUUAUUCAGAGAAAGACAUUAAAGAAAUAUUAUUCCCUAGAGAGUAUAGUAAAGCCUACCUUGAAAAUAGACAGCAGAAGGGAAGUAAAACUAAGAGCAAUAAUAAGCUUUUAAGCACAGUCAUUGAGGAUUCUCCUUAAAAGUUAGCUAUUCUAGAACAAUUGGCAGUGUUUAAAGCUAGAUUCCUGUGUGAGCUCACAGUGAUAAAUGGGUUUAUGAGAUCUAACAUGGAGAUAAUAUAAUAAAGCAGUGAGGAGAGAUUAAUUUCCGAUAUUCUUAAUAAGCUGAGAGACCAAUUAUCAAAGAUUCUGUUCAUCAAACUCAGACCAACUCAUGUAUAUAGGGAGGGUGUAACUGUUUAAGAAAUCACUGAGAUUACUAAAUUUGACUAUUUCUUCAAUGAUAAUAUUACAGUUGAUGACUCAGUUUAGAUAUCCUAAUUUCUGCAAGAGAUUAUUGAACUAUAAUUAGGAUUUGCUAGACUUGAAGAAGUAGAAGAGUAAAAAAACUAGAAAUCAGUAGCUACCAAGACUCUCAGUGAUAUAAUAGACUAGAUUUAGUAGUCAGCUGUUAAUAAUUGGGUGUGCAAUGCCUUUAUACAAUUAAAAUAUCUCAAAAUAAACCCUUAUGACACUUCUAAUAUGAAUGGUUUAGACGAUGAAGACAAUGUGGGUAAUUUUAGUAAUAUGAAUUUCAAUAAUGCUUAAUAAAGUGGAGAUAAUCAAGGCGCUACCAGUGAUAUGAUGAUAGCUUUAACUGGACUCUAGGAUUUGUCAGUAUAUUUUACUAAAACUUGGUUCAAAGGCAAAUGGAUGCAAGUGCCCAUUUUUAUAUACGGGUUCUUCAAUUAGCUAUGCAUGGAGAUUCAUCUUCUCAAGAAAAUUAUCAAAGAAAAAGAACAGAUAAACUUUAGGCAACUGAGCUCAAUAAUGCUAGAAUCUUCAUCAUAAAUUGUGAAAAAUUUAGUAAAAAGAAUGCAGGAUAUGAUAGUUGAUAAAAGAAUUUAUGCCGAGCAAUAAUGGGAAAAAAUCUGUGAGAUGCUUGUUCUCAUUAAUGGCUUUGAGAUGAUUUUGAACUAUGGCUUGCAGCUUUUGAAAGAUAUUUUGAACACUCUGCCAUUGUCUAAAAAGGCAAGUUCUAAAAAGAAUAACAUUACAUCAAUAGAACUGCAGUUUCAGGAUUCAGAAUAAAAUGACACAGAAUUAGACAUUUUUAAUACAGAACUGAUGGACUAAAUAUUUUAGGAAGCUUAAUAGUCAAGUUUUAAGGAUGUGAGGCCAUAUGUGUGGGAUGCAGUCAAUUACAUUUAAUACAUGCUGCUUGAGAUAUACUAGGUCUUUCCGAGUUUGAAUAAACUGGACGGAUUUCAAGCUUCUAUGAGUUCUGACCCCAAACAUUAAAUUUUGAUCUAGGCUUUAUUCGUGCAAUCUCUAUAGAUUUUUGGGAAAGUCUUGGAUGAAACAGAACCAAUCUUAUCUAAUCAUAAUAGUAGAGAGAGUUAUAAGAAUACUGAGGGAAAUGUGGCUGUUUAAUUGGAACUGAAAUAGAGAUUAUAUGAGUUGGAUUUCUUAGGUGAUUGCCUGAUGAGUAACAUUGAGUAUAAUUAGUAGAUUGAAGAGGCUCUUGAAAAAUGCCACAGCAUUUUGUUUUAAUAAAUCAAGAGAGUAACAAUAGGCAAAGAUGGUAUUCAUGAAGUGAUCGACGAAGAUGAAGAGGAUUAAGUGAAUGCUGAUGGGGAUUAAGAUGAUGAAGAUUACGUGAAUCAAAAGACGUUUGUAAAGAAAAAUCCUAAUCAAAUAUUCGAGAUAGAUAUUUUGAGCAACGAUGAGCUGGAGAUCAAGAAAAAGAGCUUAAGAGAUUUGAAAUUUAAAAGUGAACAUAAUCUUGGUGGGAUUUUAAGUUCUUGA